AUGGAUGAUCACGAAUUAAACUUUGCGUCUUCCUUGCGGCACGAUUCCUCAAGCAAGACCCUUGAGUCGGACUCAUCGGAGCGCAUGAAUCGACGACAAUCGAAGGUUUCCAUCUUUCAUUUAGCUGCCUUUGUUUUCGUGUUGGGAUUUUGCUUCCUUGUAGCUGGAGUAGUGCUGAUAACUUUGUCUCAAACACGGACAUCAGAGACGCAAAAGAACUCUGCCUUCAAUCAAACGAUCGACAGUAAAAAAAACUACACAUUUGGCGAAAACAAGACAGUCACAGAAAGUCGCUGUGCGUUUUCGUCAGGAGGUCAGCUUGCAGGUAGGUGUCAUCUCUGUGACAGAUGUCUUGUAUUAAAAUGUUUUGCCGGCAGUACCAGUCAACCAUCGUUAACUGCUACUGAUAUAUUUCUUCCAUCGAGUUGAUAAGCACAAUAGCCAGCGCAUCAUUCUCGUGUAAGGAAUUUUUGAUUUGUUCGUUUGUUUUUGGUAAUUUAUUUUUUCUUCUGCUGAAGUCUCAGAUCAUGGUCCUCGUGACAGACUAUUUUUUUAGGGUAAUCGGCUUUUUCGAUCGUGCUGAAAAGGAGCGAGGAAUUUGCCUAAGAGCAAAGCAUCUUAAUCUAAAUGACUUUUAACAAUGCUUAGCGGUUUUGUUGUUUAGAAUCCUUGGAUAACUUAAUCGAUAUAAGGAAAAUAUUGAAUUUUUAUCUGACUGAUAAAAUUCUUUGAUUAGUUUUGUGAUUUCACUAUUUUGACAACCGUUCGACAAAUUUGAGCUUCAAUGGCAAACUAACAUUCAAGUCAUGUCAAUGCUAUAUGGCAAUCUUAUCAAUAUUGUCAUACAUAUUAUUGCUUCAGUCUUACACAUUUCUUUUGUGCGGCCUACAUAACACAUCCCCCAUGUGGCUUUUGGCAAACUUUGAAAACAUCUGAAUGUCCUAUUCUUCGAGCAAAGAAUAAUGACUAACUCAUAUGGAAACGAGAAAGUUGUCCAGCUCCCGAUUAAGACUUGCCGUUGCUAAUUUUGUAAUGUUCCAAACUGGUUCUGUGACAUCUCAAGGAAUUUUUAGGAAUUUCCUCCUCAAUCAUCUAAAAAUAUGGAAAAAUAUGAAUUACUACGAUUCGCGCUUUCAUGGGUCGAUAGGUGUGUUUAGACAACACGAUUAUGACGCUGUGUAGUUUAAUUUAAAAGCAAUACAGGACCUUUUUCGUCUUAUAAUCAGGGACUUAUCUGAAGAAUUCCUCGGAAGGUAUGGAAUACCAGAGACAAAUAAAUGUCUCGAAUUCUUCCAACUCGUUUCGUGUUCAGAUGAAGAUAAGUAAACGUAGCCUGAAAAAAAAAAAAAAAAAAGACGCUCUAUUUUUUGCGUCUUUCAAGCGAACAACCCCUCCCAAAAAAAAAAAAAAAAAAAAACAAAAAAAAUUCGAUGUCUUUGUUUUUUUGGCGCUCCUCUCAUAUUUGGUUUACGCCAGGCACUCGCCUCCUGCUUGCCUUCUUUCGCCUGAAAACGCAAAAAAAUUAAGGUUUGUUACAAUGUAUACACGCUAUACAUUAUUUUCACCCUUUUCGUGCAUUUUCUUAUUUCGUAGUGUAAUAAUAACCAUAAACUGCAAGUAACUUCCCCAUAAUAAUUGAAACCACGGUUUCCUCUGGCUUGGCACAACAAGAUUUGUUUUUAUAUUGUUUGCUUGUUUUUUCUACGCUUUACCAAUGUUACAGUCAGUCUAGUGUGUUUUCUGUCCUUUUUCUCUCCGGUCCCGUAGGUUUAGAGUCAUUCUUCAGAAAGAUAAGAGAAGUACAAACCAGCUUUACACCUUACAAAAGUUACCUCACAAAAGAACAAUUUAAACCUUACAACCCAGAGCCACAGGCAGUCAAAAAGUUAACUGACCAAACAAAGAGACUCUAUGAAGAACUGUUGGAGAUAAAAGCUAGCUUGGAAGUGGGAAAACUAAAGCUACAUGAAAGACGACAAUUAGCUGUUGCGGAGCACGAAUUGAAACAUUUCUUCGGGAAACCUUAUGGAAACAAUUAUUAUACAGGUUAGCCAAAGUGCACCUCUGUAUUCUCUAUUUGGUUUCAAGCUAUUGCCCUUUCUUUUUGUCAGCAGGAAGCAGUCUGGUGGCAGGAAAGCCUUCAAAGCGCGUGAAACAAUUUAGAUAACACUUGAUGUCAACACGCGCUUGGAGACCCCACGUGCUGGAGUGUUUGGGAGACUUCGUAUACUCCAUGUCUUCUCCUUCUUGGUUCUUCUACUGGAACUGAAGCUUACCAAUUGAUGAAUCAUAGAAUACGAUAAACUUACAUUUUCCGUUUGGAAGAAGAAUAAUUGAAAGGAUUACCACCGACACGAACGUAAAGAUUGAACGUAAAACAAAAUGGAAAAGAAAGAGUGCCCUCGAAAAAAAAACCAUAGUUUAACUAAUCUUCUUCAUAACCGUUCGCUGGGAUGUCACACAGCGCUCCCUUCUCCCUCCACCCUAGGAGUGGAAGAGUGUGUUGCUUGACAUUCCUCAGAACGGCUGCGAAGGAGAUAAUGGUUUUAUUGGAGUAAAAGUCAUUAAUUAUAAUUUGCCGAUAAUUUCCACUAAGAUAACAAAAAAAUUCAUAAGAAAAGUUUUUUCUUUUCGUCGAAAAACUGUUCUUAAUUUCUGUAUCGAAAUAAUCGAAUUUUACAUGCUAGUAGUCAGAGGGUGUUCACCGUCGUGACUCAUAUAAUUUUUUUUCUCCGUGUCGAUCAGGAGCUUGGAUGCUGGGUCCGAGUCAGAGAUGCACAUUGGAACCAAUCGCAUCUCUACCUCUUCACUUAAACAUGGCCCUUUACAUAUUUUUAACAAAUCAGAACAAAACUUUGAAAGUUGCAGAAGAUUUCAUAAAGAUGCUACCAAAAUUUCGAGAAGGAAUCCAACGGUACAAGUUGAACCUACAGAGGGGUGUGACAUCUGGAAUGAUCCGCUCCAGAAGCGAGUGUGUCGAGGGUAUUGACUGCAUGAAAGGAAAAUACCGUGAUCUUUUUACGCAAAAAUCUCCCGAGGCUGUGCUAUCCUGGUAUAGAGUACACAAUCGUAUAGAAAACUAUGCGAGACACGUAAAACCGCAAGAUUUAUCUUCGUGGAUUAAGAACUAUGGUCAAAAUGUGUCCGACUCUCUAACAAACAGUGUCGUCAAAUUUAUCGGAAUGCCGAUGGUCAGUUUGUUUGAUUAUCUCGAAAAUGAUCACAUGGCACACUGCGUGCCUGACAAUGUAUCCAGUGGACUGGGAACAAGGCCCGUUGAUCACGUGUAUAUCAACGGGAAAAAGACGUCAAUAAAGACCAACCAGACAUUGGAUGGCAAAGAAGGGAUAAUGAAAGGAAAAGAUGCAUAUGCGGAAAUUCUUUCGUAUUUCACCACAACAAAGUAUACACCGGGCAAGUAGUGAUUCUGAAAAUUAUGAUAUCAAACUAGGGGACUGGGGGAGGGGGGAAGGAUUAUUCGGGUUGAUUUCAGUUGUGUCACAACAAAAUCUGCCUGAUCCCCCCUCGGCUUUUGUAGUAUUCUGAUAAUUCUCCUUCAUUGGCUGUUAAUUGUCAGUAGUCCCACCUUUAUACUCAGUUGGCGACGACUGAUUCCCCUCCUCGUUCCUUCUGAAAACCAUUUGGCACCCCCAAACUCUUCCGAACCCUCCCCCCGGCGAUAAAUUUUGACUGGUCCUUAUAAGAAUGGUGUUCACCAUAUCAAGAUCAUUAUUUUAACAAGCAACCAUAGCAAAGGUAUGAUCUACGAGAUAGAUUUUUAAGACACGUUUUAGCCAUCGAGAACUCAAAAUGAACCGUAAUCUAACCUUCUCCGAUUCCAAAGAAUAGAGCUUACCUUGAGCUGAAGUGGAAACUUUUUGUUUUCUGAGCUACUCAGAAAUUUCUUAAAUCAUAAACUUCUGUCAUGUCAAACGUAUAGCCAUGUUAGUAACAUGGACUUCUGUUGUUUCUGUCAGACGAGGUGCAUGACCUUGGAUGGAGACAGCUGACAAGGUAUCACCAACAAGCUGUAGACAUAGCGAAGAAGAUAACAGGUCAAAGAAACGAAAGCGAGGCUGUGUCUGAAUUUAAACGCCAGUUGAACUCUUUCGCGUUUUGCAUCAACAAGCAGCCUUUUCCCGUAAACGAAUCGGACGAGAAAGCAUUUCAGAGGUGUAAAAAUGAUAAAGGUUAGCACUAUCAAAAUCCAGAAUCAAAUUCAGGUCUUCCAUAACAUUAUUAUUAAACUACACUGAUUUACACACGUUUUUUCUGUUCAUUCGCAGUGAUAAUGUAUAGGAAGAUAAACACUUGUAAUGGCUCGUCGAAAUACCCUUAUCGAAGUCUUUUCAAGUUGUUUGAUGAAUUCUUAAAGUAUUGUUCUUGACAGCAUUUUUUGUAUUUAUUUGCCUUUCAUUCUUUUUUGAUCAGAUGCAACAAUUUAUUGUCCUCAGCGUUAUAACGCCAUGUCCCACUGGAUGGAAACUGUUCGCAGUACAAUGACAUUCUUGCGAGGCAAGCUGCUCAAGCUGUUUUACUUCAAUGGCGACAGAAGGACGAUACCAACUUGCCCUGAUGAGCCGGUUAUUAGUUUUUCCCGGUACGUUGGCGUGGCAACGCAUACGCCAUCCGUCGGUGACUGUCGACGCACAGCCAGGUACAACUUGCCAUUUUUCGUCGAUCGAAUGGGGUGUAAGUACAUGGAAUGGACAACAGCUGUACAUGAGGCAGUUCCUGGCCAUCAUCUUCAAUCCGAGGGCUACAAGGCAAUAUUCCAGCCCCAGUAAGUGCGCAAUAGAUGGACCUCUCUCCUGAUAAACGGCGAGGCUAACUAGUAAUCAUUUGUUUGCAUGUAAUUGGGCCCUUUUGGCCAACUAAACAAGAACAAGAUACCUUUCACUUUAGAGAGGAACUAUAAAGACUUAUCUGUUCGUUCAUAGGAGAAUGAAAAUCAUAUCCUCCUCUAUGAAAGAGAUCUGUGGUUUGGUUACACACUUUGGAUUAAUUUUCAAAUCUUCUUGCACCACAUAAAAGGAGUGAUCAGAAACUUCUGGUUGAAUCGGUUUAGCCUACGGGCUGGCCCUUAGUAUUCGUGCUUCGGCACGAGCGUUUCUUCGAACGCGGGUAAAUAUGAGGCCUUGAGCAACGGGAGGGUCUAGAACUAAUAAUAAAACCUCAUUAUUAGUGCCAGAUUCCUGGCGAACCUCUCCCCGGCUCGUCUCAAAUCUACCCGGUGGUGGAGAAACGCGUGUCUUGCAGCACUAACAGUUAGGGCCUGCUCAUGCGCUAGAUUCGGAUGGCAACACACUGGAGUUCAGUAAAAAGACUUCAAAGUUAGAACUAUAUUGCUGAGAUUAAACAGCUCCGAUCACUGAAUGAAGGGGGUAAAUUUGUAGAGAAACUGAGGUGCUGCGUCGGUGGGAGAGUCUAACAGGGUAAUUAAGUACGUUAUCAACUGAGUUGAUAACGUAAAUUGGCCACCUUUAAGAGUUACAAACCUGACGUUUCGAGCGUUAGCCCUUCGUCAGAGCUCAGUAUCUGGUCAUUAGAAUAGUCACUCCCCACAUCAAUGUUAGAACCACCUUUUACUGUGCAAUAAACAUUACCAUACAGAAGAACUGCCCAGUAGCUUUCAUUUAAAUGACCCCACAAGGUUUGACCCACAGACGCAAAAGUCAAACCAUUUCAUUACACAGCUAAAUGUUGCCACUAUAGAGUUUUGUCGGAAAGCUAAAGCUACAUUGUACAAUAUCACAAAUGGUAACCAAUGAAAGCAAGUAACGUGCGUCUCUGUCUUUAUUUUAUCAUUUGAAGGAUAGCACCUUGUCCAAGUAUAUUAAAACCAAGUCCAAUUAUGGCUUACAAGGAAGGCUGGGCGACUUACGCUGAACAUCCCCUCAUGAGCCUCGAUUCAGGUAACAUCGAUUUUCAGUUAGCAAUUGUCUGUGAAGUUAGCUAAGUCCGUUAGUUAGUGCCAUUUUCAACUGAGUGUCUAAAGUAAUCCGAGAUUACGCUUGUUUUGCUUUCUUCGCUCUGCAAUUGGUCCAGAAAACUCGCGGCACGCCCCCAACCAAUUGGAUGCAAAACUAACAUCAAUUAUGACUUGAUCACUCGCGUUUUCCCGCGCUUCAAGCGGUUUCAGUGACUGAGUUUUCAUUGGUUCUUCAAGGCAUUUUCCUCUUUCUGAUUGGCUGUUGUAGUUCUUUUGGUUUUGGUCUUACGACGCUCAAUCUAAAAGUGCUCUUAAGUGUUAUUCCGAUAUUGGCCCCGCAAGCAAGGUUCAAUUACUUUUACUUGAAGAAAAUCAUUGACUCAGUAUGAUAAAUAGAUCUUAGUUACUUUUUAGUUAAUAAUUCAUACAUGUAAACCUUAAUGCCCUCAUCAAAAUACAUAUUCUCCAUAAUGUUCUCUAUACAUUUCCCAUAGUAUUGACGGAGAGAAUUUGUUCAACAAUUAAGAGCUAAUUUGUUGGCGAUCACUUCCUGCAGUCUCAUGCACAUGUUAAUGUAUGAUUUAGCGGUAGGACUGUAAGGAGAAAUCAGAUGCUAAUCACUUCCGGUGUAAAGGGUAAAUCUCUUAAUAGUAAACUUAGGAAUUUCAAUCCAUCGACAUACCUCCCUGAUAACAUGACGCUUUGCCUCUUUCCUCUCUUAGAUCUAUACACAGAGCAGCCAUUACGCUAUUAUGGGGUUAUGAAAUCUCAAAUCUGGCGAGCACUACGCCUCGUCAUCGACACGGGUCUACAUUACAAGAACAUGUCGCGUGAUGAGGCAUUGACCAUAUUUAGACAAUACAUGUGGGACAACAGCGACAUCAUACGGAAAGAAAUUUCUCGUUACCAGGCUUGGCCUGGUCAAGCGACUUCGUACAUGAUUGGCCAGUUGGAGAUCUGGAGAAUGCGCAAUGAGUCCGAAGCAAGCCUUGGGUCAAAAUACGAUAUUCGGGAUUUUCAUUAUCACGUGCUCUCGCAAGGAAGUAUGCCCCUAUGGUUUCUCGAUGAGCACAUCAAAAAGUUUUAUGUUCGCUGUGUUUUGUCUAGAGCCUCAGAAGACGAUUCGGAAAGGUGUUUCGGCGAUUUCGAUAAAAGAGGAUUCUCUAGGUCCUUAUAACUGACAACAAACAUGUCCAAGCAAUGUUUAUCAUUACAGAUAUAAUUUUUCCACUUCAAUUCGAGUGUUCUAAGUGAAAAAAGCGAUUAUUUUCAAAUUUUCUCUCCUUUCACACAAAAGUUCAAAUGAAUCUGAAAUGAAAAUGUAAUUUUAAUUUUCUUCGAUACUGAAACAAUCAUCGAAAAAUUGAUCUUUAAGUCGUUAAAAACUUAAGCUCGACGUUACAUCAUGCGAGGAAAGUAUAAAAACUCUCGAGUUUGAAAUCAUAAAGGGAAGCGGCCAUUGUUCAACGUCGCUGGAGGGAAAGUUGGAGCAUUUUGGUCGCAGUCACGAUGUACGUUACCCAAUCUUCCCUUAGGUUCUGUGGUAUCUAAUGAUCUUCCCUCAUUGGAGGUCAAUUUUGCAUGGUCCGCGUUUUAAACUCUCUCAACCACGACUGAUACCCCCAUCUGUUCCCGUUAAAAACCACGUAACCCCCGCCCCUCUCAUGAAUCCUUCUUCGAUUCCCCCCCUUCCCCUCCCCCCCAGGCGAUUAAAUAAUGGCUGAUUCCUAAGUGACAUUCUUCUCAUGUAUUCAAUUUUCUAGAGUGAACGCUGUCUCCAGUGAGAACUUGAGAUUUUUACAACAAAUGAAUGACCAUUUAUGCGGAGAGAAUAAAGUUAACCUUUUCAGCAGACGUCACGUCUAGCAAACAAUUUUCCACUCUGUUGACAUGCAUUGAAAAUUGAUGAAUCAUUUCGCCAUUUUCCUAAAGAAAGAAAGAAAAGAUCAAUUUUUACGCUCGACAGAAGUUUCGCGAGCAUCUUUUUUUUUGCCGUUUUUGACUCAAUUUGAAAAUUAGAGACUGAACUGAUCUUUCACCGAAACAAGCUUACUGUACAUGAGUUCCACUUUUGUUAUUCAAAUAAUUUAUUUAAAUAAACUUCACCCAAUACUUGUUUUUUGUAAAAUUCAUGCUUGAAUGAUACUGAUAAAAUUUACAUUUCAGCUUUCUUUCUCGAGGCGUGACUGAAUACCAUACAACUGUAAAACGGUAUCGGUAAUCAAUUUGUCAACUGAAGCCCGCAAAUUCUGUUUGCAGUGGUUUGCAGACAUCUAAGAUGGCAGAGAUCGAAGCUGGGCAAGCAUUAUCACCUGGAUCUUCAGACAAAAUUCAGUACGAAUCCGCGACAAAAAAACGCCACAAGCUAUUCAGAGUUAAACGAAAGACAGCUUUUGUGAUUGCGGCUCUCAUAGCAGUGCUAGGUUUUAUUUUCUUCAUCAUAGGUUUGGUUCUCUUAGUGAAGAGUCGUAGCGCCAAAUCUGAGACACAUAAAACAAGCAUUGAGGGAGACAUCCGUGAAGAUGAUGAGAUUGGAAAGUGCGCAUUUUCAGCCGAGGCAAAGCGUGUAGGUGAGAGUACAAUAUUGCAAUUUGUGAGCCGAAAAUGCUAGUGCAACUGAAAGAUUCUUGCAGGAAUUUAAACAAAGCACAUGUUAUAUAAGCUCAGAGAUUGUUCGGGGAAGCAGCCAACAUAUUUCUUAUUGCUCCUGGUUAAGUUAGUCUCUCACGCAACCUCUUUAGAGACGUUCCCUUACUCCUCCCCUCUUAAAAAAUAACUGCUGCGAAGGAGAACAUUAUUAUUCACAAUCACCAGCUGCGAAGUAAAAUGAUUUUUGACAAAUGCACUACUUAAGGGAUUAUUUAACUUAAUAUGCGCUGAGCAACCAGCCGUGACCAAUGGUGUUUGACAUCACUGUGUAGUACCUCUUGUCAGAAGAAUGAGGAGAAGUCAUGGAUGCAAUAAACACAAUGACCUUUUUGUCAUCAUUUACCUAAUAUACUUGCUGUUAUGUAAAAUCUAAAGAAAAUUUUUGCCGAAACGUUCCAAAAGAGCUCUCUUUGGGACCACCGCUUCACACUUCCGGCUGAAUCUUACAGACCGUAACUCCUUGAGAACCAAGUGUUUAUAACGUCUUGUUCUGACUGAACUGAUUGAGACAUUCGAGACGAUGGUUAUUUCACCUUAUACUCAGAGUAGAGAAAAUUACGAGCUUCUCCAAAUGACGUCCAAAGUUGAUUUAACGGUUCACGCUUUACUGAGUCCCAUUCUCCACACUGGCGUGGUAAGCUUUAAGCGCAACAUAAACCAGUAAUUUUCGACACAUGAAAAUACACGCUAAAAGAUCAAAUAUUCCUUUAUAUUCUUUUACUGUCUGACAGAAAUGGUCAUCUUUUUCUUGUCGUUCCAUACAAUUUCGGUGUAUUUGCUCUCUCCUUGCGCUUAUUAAAUGUUUACCCUAAAUUAAAUCUAUAUUACUUUGUUUCAGGUCUCCUUGAAUUUUUGAAGAGGAUUGAUAGUACCGUCCGUGAGCUUCAUCCGUACGAUGCUCGUUUCAUGACAGGAGUCUCCAUUGAAGAUAAGAAAAAGAUAUUCCAACCAUAUAACCCAACCCCGGAAAGUAUCAAAGCCAUUUCUGAACGCGCGCAUUCUAUGUUGGAGGAGUUGGGAAGUUUAAAGAUCGACAAGAAGCUUCUCCUUGCACGUGAACGGCGCAUGAUCGCUAAAACGCAUCAUUUCUUGAGGCACUACUUCGGGCGGCCUUUUGAAAACAAUUAUUUAGCCGGUAAGUUUGGAUUGAGAGAACUGAGUUACACCGAAUUUGGUAACGUUUUCAAAAUACCAAGAAUCAUUUCUCGUAAAGGAAAUCUUCUAGAAGGAACGUUUAUUAGGGGUCCAAAGACAAAUUGAUUUAUCGCAAAGUGUAUGCUAACACUCUCAGAAUGUCAAGAGUCGUCUCUUCGCGAUGGAAAAUCUUAGAGAGGGAACGUGCAUUAGUGUUCCAAAGACAAAUUAUAAUAAACCAUAGUGAAGAAUUUGUGUGGUGUUUCAAAUGUUGACAAAAGAUCAAUCUCUAAAUGCUUAAAUCGAUUUCAUGACGAUCACAGAAAGGGUAUCUGUUUGGUUCUCUCGCCUACGAAGCUCGUUACAAAAUUUACCUUCACUAUCCUUCUAUACCGUAGGGAAAUUUCACACUAGAAAUGGUUAAGUGUAUGAAACUCUGAAUUCCCAGUUCGUGGUAAAACAUCACCUGAUAACGAUGCAAAGAUUUUUUCAGUACCUAGGCUCUUCGUGAUAUCGAUACUCGUCUGUGGUUCAUUCUUCGACUGAAUUUUUCUAGGUUACUGGAUGUUGGGACCAGGCAGGUACUGCUAUCGGACUUUCAAGGGCAUCACAUCUAUCAAGCAACAGCUCACCACCGUAUUUCUCCUUUUCGCUCCUAAGACAGCGUCUGAACUGGAAGAAGCUUUGAAUCUUCUCGCCAAAUUCAAAACCGGGAUUAACCAGUUCAAGGAGAACUUGAAAAGCGGGAUUAUAACCGGUAUGGUAGGGUCCGUCACUGUGUGCAAAGAAGGAAAAGAAUGUCUGGAAGACAUUUACAUUGAGAUCGCUUCGCAGCAAUCGGGCCGCGGAAUCCUGACGGCUUUUCAAGAUCAAAUUUCAACCUUUGUCUCUGAACUAAGCUCCCAAGAGGCUGCAAAGAUUAAUGGCGAAGCACGGAAUGAAUGGUACUGAUCUUGUGGAGGAGAGCCUCGUUCGUAAUGUUGGAUCACCGUUGCUUGAUUUAUUUGAGUACCUUGAGAAUGAACACUUGUCACACUGCUUACCGACCAAUGUGUCAAGUGGACUGGGUACGUUGCCUGUCAAUCAUGUCUACCUCAACGGGAGUAAAACCUUAGAGAUGACAAAUCCGACUUUCAGAGAAGGAGACACGGUCCUACCUGGAAAGGAGUCUUACAAAAACUUCUUGUCUUACUACACAACACAAGAAAUUACACCAGGUAACUGAAGCAAAUAAAAAAAGAGAACCCAUGCCCCGGGAAAGAAGGAAGGAUUUUUUACGGGGGGAAGGGAGGGGGGUCCUCACACCAGCAUCUUCAUGACGUUUCCUAUCUCAGACCUUGGGGCUGGACUUUUAAAAAGAGACAGGGAAGGAAGGGAGGGGGAUAUUUUACACCAGCAUCUUAUUUGAAUUCGGAGCACACCAGGAUGUAUCAGUUUUGAUGGUACUGCACAUAUUCCAUUGUAGAUAAGGAACAAUCACAUUAAGAUUCCCCUUAAGCUGGAAUGGCUAUCUGUAGGUAUUAGUGGCGUUGUUUAUACAAGAAAAGUUGCUUGAGAAAGGUGCGAUGCAGUUAAUCGAAAAUGGUGGCAGUUGGGAUGUGUUAAAAAUUUAGUGAUCUUCUAGCCUGAUAUCGAUUGCGAUGAUUUCCGCGUGAUCUAAACUACUUUUCAUAAAACUGGCGGAACUGACGGAACGUGGUGGUGCUGCGGUGCCGCUGCGGUGGGGCCACGUCCACCUCGUUUGUAUUCUUUACCUUAAGUCAUAUCAUUAGCGUUUUAACCUUCAAUAUUUCAGUUGAAGUUCAAGAUUUGGGCUGGGAGAUGUUGGAGAAACUUUACCUACAAGCGGUGGAUAUUGCCAAGAAGAUCACCAAACAGGACACUGAGGAGAUAGCUGUAAAUCAGUUUACAAAAUACCUCAACUCGACGGAAAUGUACUUUAAUGAAAACCCUUUUCCGGAAAAUGAAUCUAAUGAAGAGGCCUUUCGCAAAUGCAAGAGUGAGGAGGGUAGGUAGCAUGCUAGUUGACAUAACAUGCAAGAAAUUCUUGGUAGCGCAAAAGUGUUGAACAGACAUGAAGACAUUAAGAAGCCUAUGGAGGUCUUUCCUCCUCGAAGGAGGGUACUCCCACAUAAAGGAUAUUUGGAUUUGCACCGCCCUUAGGGUGUGGUUUUUCAGCAAAAUUUUGAUCGGAGAACUGGUCAAGAUUUCGACCUUAUAAGUUCUCAAAUCCGAAAUGGUUUUUAAGCAAACCACGAAAGCUUAAAAGCAUGUUUUUCUUUUCGAUUUCAGGUGAACAAUAGAGAAAGGGACGUAACUAACAUAUUUAUUCGAGUUGAAUUUUGGGACAAAUAUUAUCUAUUCAUGUGAUUGCAGCGGGAUGUUUCACGUUUUGAUCUCCUUCUUGUUUUAAGAUCAUGCUAUGGCGUACACACAUGCACGAAAUGUACCACCGUGUAGGGAAUUAUUUUCGUUACUUACAUGUUGACCAUUUUUUUCAGCCGCCCAAAUCUAUUGUCCACAGCGUUACAAAACGAUGUUAAAAUGGCUGGAUUUGUCACGCAACACCAUGUCACGCCUUUUGCCAAAAUUGACAGAUUUAUUUUACUUCACUGGAAACAAGACCACCGUUCCCACCUGCCCAGUUGCUAUGGAAAUAUCAUUCAAUCCCUUACAACCCGUGCAAAGUUAUUCUACGAGUGGAAGUUCAUGUCAAUCGCCCAGCAAGUACAAGGUGCCCUUCUUUGUUGAUCGAAUGGGGCCAAAGUACUUUGAGUUCACAGUGAAUGCACAUGAGGCUAGCCCCGGACACCAUUUGCAGUCUCAGGGAUACGUAGAAAACUUCCGGUGAGUGUAGAAUUUAGCUUAACUUAAUUCGUUUUCUCUAGUUAUUACUCCCGAAAGGAACACCCGCAGAGGUCUCGCGCGGCUAAUUUCCUAACAGCGCUUGGGAAUAGUUUUUUCUUAAUCAUGACAAAUAAAUACCUGCAACCUCCAUGGCUCUUCACUUUUCCGCUGUAAUUUGUAUCUUCGAGUACGUACUAUGACUUCUGUGUCUGUGUUUUGACCAAAAGUAAAAAGCGAAGAUGGAUGAGUGAAAACGUAAACAGGCCACGAGACAUGGUGUAAAGAGCUUUAUUUCAUCAUUUCUGUACAACACGGGAGAUUUUCGAAAAGCGAAUCCGACCGGGCACAAACAAAGGAUAAACACAAUACAAGAUCCUUAAGUAAAAAUAGUAUGAGUGGCGUGAAUCAUGCGACUGUUCAAUUACAAUUUCCAUCCUUCAUCGACACUCGAGGCAUCGAAAACAACAACAACUUAUCAAGGUUUUAAACUUUACCUUCGAGACUUCUUCCAGAGACUGUUCUAACUGCAGGUUGUUACUUUCUUUGGGACCUUUCCAUCUUUCUAAAGCCACUGCUCGAUGAAAAUUGAGUCAAAACAUAGAAUUUUCUUUAGACUCUAAAGAUUGCGACCACGCAACAGAAAUUUCCCGUUCAGUUAAAGAAACAUGCGAAGCAGUGUGCGCGGUCAGCCUCGAAACCGGAGGACUGGGCACUGAUUUCAAAAGAAUCUACGCUAUUUUUGAGUUAUUUUUUUUCAUUAAAAAAAUAAAUAACAUCUACGUUAGUGUACAGAAAGUGGCAUGUUGCUCGCACCAAUCAGAUCGUUUAGGUUAUAUAUCUCGUACCAAUGAGAUCGCGGCAUCAGGGACCAAUCGGAGCGUCGUUUUUGUUCUUUGGUUUGAGAAGUGUUCAAAUUUCAACAAAGUAAAGGGGGAUUCGGAGAGAGCGGUUCGUAAAAUGGAAUCAUCUUUUAGAAUGAGAAAUGUUGGCGUUUCUGUGUUUUUAACGUGUAUUUUGCCGCGCUUUAUGAGAAAUGCGAUACUACUGAACAGAUGAAAGAUAUCAGAUUACCUAUGGUGAACGUGUUACUCAUGCUGUGAAAAUGGUGGAUAGUUGUUCGAGAGAAAAUGGAGUUCUGUGCACUGUAACACGAUCAUGGUUAUUCUUCCUUUACGACGAGAGUGAGUGGAAAAAAAACAGUGCAAAUAAUCGUGAAAGUUGACCGCGGAAAGGUGAUUGCGUGACGCUCGGUAAGUUGUAAGAUGACAUGUUAUCACAUACCAAACGAAAAAACUCUUAAGAUUCUCAGUCUGCAUUUUGUACCCACUCUGCAGUCUGCAGUCUACAUUUUGCACCUAGUCUACAUUUUGUAUCCGGUCUGCAGUCUACAGUCAGUAUUUUUUACUAACAGGUAUCCGUGGCACCAACACAGUUUAUUUUUGGUUACAGCUAUUCGCACAACACACACAAUCUACCAAAAAAUACCUGUGUGUGAGUUAAUUCGACAUUUUCGUUCUUUACCGCGUUAAUACUCUUCUUUCCUUUUGUAGGAAUGUAGACAUCAAUGUUUCAAGUAAUCCAUCCACCCCCCAAAAAAAAAAAUUCUUGCAUGCAUAGCAUGCCUAUGUUUAAUCCAUGGAGGAAGUAAAAGGGUUGUAAAUCAGAGGUGGGGGGUUGCUGAAGUAGCUAAAACUAUUUGAUGAAACUUGCUCAAAACUGACACUCGUUGCUGUUGCAGAGAUGUAUGCCGGGAAGGCGUCAAUUUUCAAUUCCUAAAGGAUAUUACAGGAAUUGCCAUUAGAGAGGGUUGGGGUUUGUACUCCGAGAAUCCACUAGCAGCACAGGAUACAGGUCAGUAAGCAAUCAUUGAGUUGUCAGCUAUCCAAAGUAACUCUAUUGUAGGUUUUUUUUUUUCAUUCUUCGCAGAUCUAUAUCACAACCGUAUCCUUGAACGUUACGGUGCUCUCAAGGGUCAAAUAUGGCGCGCACUUCGCCUCAUCAUAGAUACCGGCCUCCAUUCCAGGAACAUGACGCGAGAAGAAGCCAUAGAUCUCUUUCGGCGUUAUAUGUGGGAUUACAGCGACGUUGUUCCAAACGAGGUCAGUCGAUACCAGGCAUAUCCGGGACAGGCGACCGCCUACAUGACUGGUCAGCUGGCAAUUUGGAGAAUGCGCAAUGAAACUUCAAAGAAACUCGGAGCAAAGUUCAAAAUUCAAGAUUUUCAUUAUCAGGUAUUGUCUCAAGGCGAAGUUCCAAUUUCAUACCUUCAGACCCAUAUUGAGGAGUACGCCAACUGUGUACUGCAUGAGAGAGGCAACGGGUGUUGGGAUGCUCUUACUGUUGUUAACGAACAAGAGCAUUACGGACAGACAUCUGCACUAGAUGAGCGACAACAGCGGAUAAUACGUGAGAAAUUAAACCAGUUAUAUCCCGCAGACUCUUGUAUAUUUUAACGAUGUAAAUGAUAACACGUAGCAUAGAGUAUUUUAAUGUCCACAUUGGGAAUUUUUGUAGUGAAUUGACAGAGAUCUCAGACCAAUGUUAUUUUCUGAGCAACUGUACACCUACCCCUCCCCUAACCCGAUAACAGUCAACUGAUAGCGCACCUACCCCUCCCCUAACCCGAUAACAGUCAACUGAUAGCGCACCUACCCCUCUCCUAACCCAACAACAGUCCAUUGUAAACAGCUUAGGAUUAAAAUGUACAAGUUGGGUCAGGGGAAGGGUAGGUGCACAAUUGUUCAGAUUCUGUAAUAAUAAUUUAUCUGAGAUCUCGCUGUCUAAGAGAAAACACUAAAUACAGCCUUAAACUCUUUUAUUCGUUGAAAAACAAUGGAGCACUUGGUCAUUAUAAGAGCUUCAUUGCUUUUUUUUUAGACUUUAUCUGCCAUGUGUUUUUCCAUUGGCUCAGCGGGACAGAAAUAGGAGGGAAAUGUUUUCUCAUAGUACGCCGGAGCCUGGUAAUGAAUCAUGUGAUUUUUGACGGGGAGUUAUCUUCAUAUUUGUCGUUUUCUCGCCCAUCAACUCAUUCGAUAGAUUUCAAGUUUAAGUGAUGAAAUGAUCUUCUCAGGUGAGUUGCUAAAAUUGCGGUCCGCUUGCAAGAAUCAUUUCACUGAAGAUUUGUGAUCAAAUUUCACGUUGUAUUGUACAGUAUCGUCAGUCGUAUUGAUAUUUGCACGUAUGGAUCUGCAGGUAUGGAUCUGUUGAGUCUGCAGAAAAGGUCCGAGUUGAUAGCGUUCUUCAUGUCAUCGCUGUCGAUGGUUUGUGAGAAAAAUGUCAAAUUAGUUUUGUAAAUAAACAAAGAAGGCAAUGAUAGAAAAAAGGAAAUAGAAAUAUCGCUUAUUGCACACGACACAUCAUUUAAUCCUUUACAUCCUAACAUCAGUAUCUAUCUUCUCCAUAC